AAGCGGAUUUCCCCUUUUCAUCGUCUUCACUCAGAGACACCAAAACUCCACACAAAACCAUACCCGAUCGGAACCCUAGAAUUGCAAAAAUUAAUCAGACUCGUCAUCGUAUUCGUUCGCCGGCGAAGGUUUUGGAUGCUUAGGUUUCACAAUUCAAUUACCACUCCAGAUUUAAUAGAUUUAGUAAUUUAUCAAUGGGAGCCAGUAGAAAGCUUCAAGGUGAGAUCGAUCGAGUCCUAAAAAAAGUUCAAGAAGGUGUUGAUGUUUUCGACAGCAUAUGGAACAAGGUAUACGAUACUGACAAUGCUAAUCAGAAGGAGAAGUUUGAGGCCGACUUGAAGAAGGAGAUUAAGAAACUUCAGAGGUACAGAGACCAGAUUAAGACAUGGAUACAGUCCAGCGAGAUCAAGGAUAAGAAGGUUAGUGCCUCUUAUGAGCAGGCUCUGAUGGAUGCCCGCAAGCUUAUUGAACGAGAAAUGGAACGGUUUAAGAUUUGUGAAAAGGAGACAAAGACAAAAGCUUUCUCCAAAGAAGGCCUAGGACAACAGCCUAAAACGGAUCCAAAGGAGAAAGCCAAGUCAGAGACUAGAGAUUGGUUGAACAAUACGGUGUCUGAGCUGGAAUCUCAAAUCGAUAGCUUUGAAGCUGAGAUGGAGGGGCUAUCUGUUAAGAAAGGAAAAGCAAGACCUCCAAGACUGACACAUUUAGAGUCAUCAAUUGUUCGACACAAGGCUCAUAUAAUGAAGCUAGAGUUGAUAUUACGGUUGUUGGAUAAUGAUGAAUUGAGCCCUGAACAAGUCAAUGAUGUUAAGGACUUCAUUGAUGACUAUGUGGAACGAAAUCAGGAGGAUUUUGAUGAGUUUGAGGAUGUUGAUAUGUUAUACAACACCUUAUCACUAGACAAAGUAGAAGCACUUGAAGAUCUUGUUAUCAUUGGUCCACCUGGCCUCGUUAAGGGUGUUGGUGCUAGUGUUGCUGUUUUAAGUACGAAAAAUGCUUUGUCUUCACCUCCAGUUCAGUCACCGGGAGCUUCAGUACAGGAACAAACUGAGGAGACAUUAUCUCAGGAGAAUAUAUCAGAGCAUGGGCCACGGACCCCACCACCAAAAGCCAUUGCCAUCUCAUCAUCUCCUCCAACACCAUCCGGGACCCACGCAACCACCCCUAUUACUGUCCCCACCCCAUCUCAUAAUCUCACCGCCUCUUCAGUCCCUCCAAGUCCAAGUCCGGUGAGGGGCGUUUUAGACAAUUCAGUCUCCACCAUCCCUUCCUCACCUAUAAACAAGGAAGAAGAAGUCGGUGGAUUCCCUGUUCGUAAAUCAUCUCCUGCUCUUAGUGAAUCCGGAUUAAGGAAUCUCGGGAGGGGGAGUUUGACCAGUUUGACCAGUUUGACAAGUCAGUCUUCAGUUACUCUCCCUAUCAACCCUACGAAUAGUAACAUUAUUUCUACCAAUAAUGCCCUUGGUGUUUCUCAAGCUUCGGAACUGGCUAAGCGACCUAUGUUAGGGACAGAUGAGAGAAUGGUUCAGCAGCAUCCUCCUGUUUCAUCUUUGAGUAGCAGAAUCAUGUUGCCACAAAGUGGUGUGAAAACUAGUGAUGGUGAUAAUGGAAAUGGCGGUGAAGGUGGUGGCAUGGGCACAAGAGUCUUUUCACCCUCUGGUGUUCCUGGCAUCCAGUGGAGACCUGGUAGUUCCUUCCAAACUCAACAUGAAGGGGGACAAUUCCGUGGAAGAACUGAAAUAGCACCAGAUCAAAGGGAGAAAUUUCUGCAGAGAUUCCAACAAGUACAACAACAAGGAAGCAGCACCCUUCUUGGAAUGCCUCCUAUUUCUGGAGGAACUCAUAAGCAAUUUUCAACACAGCAAAACCCUCUUCUACAACAGUUUAAUUCUCAAAGCUCAAGUGGAUUGGGUGGGGCACCGCCAGCAAGUCCCAACACUGCCACGUCAGCACAACAACAAAAUCUAAUCCAUUUACAGUCAAGUCAACAAAUGUCAACCGUUUCUAAAGAUAGCGAAAUUAACAAUUCAAAAGUUGAGGAAAUGGAACAACAGCAACAACAACAAAGCGUUACAUCUGAUGACUCAGCACCUGAUCCUGCACAAUCUCCUGUCCUCAACAAGAACACUUCCAAUGAAGAAGAUCCAAAGGUCUCAUAUGCAUUAGACAUGCAGGGAUCUGGGACUAUGACAGAAGCAGCACAAAGCACACGCGAUGUUGACCUGUCACCUGGUCAACCAUUACAAUCGAACCAAUCGGUUAGCCUGGGUGUGAUUGGUAGAAGAAGCCUGUCUGACCUGGGUGCAAUUGGAGACAACCUUAGUGGGUUAGCCGUGUCCUUAGGUGGGACCCACGACCAACAAUACAACCUCCAAAUGCUCGAGUCCGCCUUCUACAAACUCCCCCAACCCCGUGACUCUGAACGUGCCAAAAGCUACACUGCAAGGCACCCUGCAGUGACCCCACAAAGCUAUCCGCAAGUGCAAGCUCCAAUUGUGAACAACCCGGCCUUUUGGGAACGUCUUGGAUCCGACAACAUUGGGACCGAUACUUUAUUUUUUGCAUUUUAUUAUCAACAGAAUGCUUAUCAACAAUAUCUGGCUGCAAAAGAAUUAAAGAAACAAUCAUGGAGGUACCAUAAAAAAUACAACACGUGGUUUCAAAGACACGAAGAGCCAAAAUUUGCUACAGAUGAUUAUGAACAAGGGACGUAUGUGUAUUUUGAUUUCCACAUUGGCAAUGAUGAGAUGCAAAACGGAUGGUGUCAAAGAAUCAAGACAGACUUUAAAUUCGAGUACAAUUUUCUUGAAGAUGAGCUGAUUGUGUAAAUAUAGAGGGAUUUGGGAAAUCAAGAUGGCGUUUUCUUUUAUUCUCUUACAUUAUGUUUUUGUUAUGUUGGAAGUUUUGCACUUUUGUGUAAUAUUGCUAUUAUCUCCAUUGGUAAAUUUUAGUAUUAUUGCAUUUCUCUA